CCCACCCUGGGGGCCGUGCAGGGCCCACCCUGGCUUUGGGGACCCCCUUGUCCCCGUUGGGGCCAGCUAACGCGGCUCUCUGCUCGGCUGCAGGCUCAGCGCUGGCGCAAUGAGAACUACGAGAGGCCGGUGGACCUGGAGGGCUCCGGGGACGAUGACCCCUUUGGGGACGAUGAACUGGAUGAUGUCUACUCGGGCUCUGGCUCGGGCUACUUCGAGCAGGAGUCGGGGCUGGAGACGGCCGUCAGCCUCACCACGGACACGUCCGUCACGCUCCCCACCACGGCAGCCGCGCUGCCCGUCACCGCGGUGCAGCCCGUGGCGACUCCCUUUGAAACGUCCCCCACCGAGGACACCGUCCCCGAGCAGACCACCGGCGCCUCGUACGUCCCCAGGGUGACGGAGGCACCAGUGAUCCCCAGCUGGAAGGCCACCACCACCAGCACCACUGCCAGCGAGGCCCCCAGCACCACCACCACCACCACCACCACCACCACAGCUGCCACCACCACCACCACGGCCACCACCACCACCACGGCCACCACCACCAGCACCACCACUGUGGCCACCGCCAAGCCCACCACCGUCCGGAGGUUCCUGCCCCCCUUUGUCACCAAGGCGGCCACCAUGCGGGCCACCACCCUGGAGAUGCCCACCACGUCCGUCCUCGAAACCAGCACGCCGACCGAGGUGGCCACGACACAGCUUGUCCCCUCCAGCACGGCCAAGCCCAGGUCCCUGCCAAAACCAAGCACCUCCAGGACUGCAGACCUCACGGAAAAAAGCACUGCCUUGCCUUCCAGCCCCACCACGCUGCCACCCACAGAAGCCCCCCAGGUGGAGCCCGGGGAGGUGUCGACGGUCCUCGACAGCGACCUGGAAGUCCCGGUCAGCAGUGGCCCCAGCGGGGACUUCGAGAUCCGGGAGGAGGAGGAGACAACUCGUCCCGAGCUGGGCAAUGAGGUGGUGGCUGUGGUGACGCCGCCAUCGGCACCGGGGCUGGGCAGGAACGUGGAACCGGGGCUCAUCGACAACACGAUAGAGUCGGGCAGCUCGGCCGCUCAGCUCCCCCAGAAGAACAUCCUGGAGAGGAAGGAGGUGUUGAUAGCGGUGAUCGUGGGCGGCGUGGUGGGAGCCCUCUUUGCUGCCUUCCUCGUCAUGCUGCUCAUCUACCGGAUGAAGAAGAAGGACGAGGGCAGCUACACGCUGGAGGAACCCAAGCAAGCCAACGUCACCUACCAGAAGCCGGACAAGCAGGAGGAGUUUUACGCGUAGGACAAGAGCCCGGCGUGCCUCGCGCUCCCCUUCCUGCUCCAAACUCUCCCUUCUCCUCUCCUCCAUCCCGUCUCUCUCUUUCUCUCUCUCUCUUUUGGAUCAGACUGUGAAUUUAAAAAGCAAAAAAAAAAAAAAAAUGCAAAAGGAGAAACUGCAUCUUCGGCAUGAGGGACGCGCCGCGUUGCGGACGGCGGCUGGAGCUUUUCCCACCACCACAACGACUCUGGGAUCCGGACACCUUUUACCAGCCCUGGGGCGCAGGGGGGUUGGCUUGGAUUUAUCUUUUUUUUUUUUUUUUUUUUUUUUUUCCUCCUGUUGGAGAGGAGGGAGGUUUCUUUCCCUCUCUCUCUCUCUUUUUUUUUUUUUAUUAUUAUUAUUUUUUAUUAUUUUUGCAGUGGGGCUGGUUGCUUGGCAGGAAUUUCCUUGCUCCCCGCUUCUGUUUGACAAGAGGAUGCGACUCUCAGAUACGCUUCAAACCUUGAAAAAAGCACAAGGGGCCGGAAUACCUGCAGCCCCGGGCUUUGCUCUUGGAGUGGGGGAAGACAAAAUGAACACCACCACGGCCAGUACAGGGGGAGCGACGGAGCCAGCUCGCCCCUUCGAGCACCAAGGAGCCACCUUUGGGUGCCUCGUGCGGCACCACCCUGGCCACUGCCACCCUCCUCAGCUGCACCGAGCACGGCCGGAGACCCGACAGCUCCGUGGUGUCGGUGGUGGAGGGGUGGCUGGAGAAGGGACCGUGCUUUUGGGUGGCUGGAGACGGGACCGUGCUUUUGCUGGGUUCUCACUGUGACCAAUAAACCUCGGCUUGCGCAGCCCCACCGGCGGCUCUGGUUUUCAGGCGAGGGACGGCGCUCGGUGGGGGCCUGGCAGGGAGGAAAAGGGGAAGCGGAGAAGCUGUUCGUGCCGGGGUGAUGCCUAACGCAGCUCGGCCAGCCGUGAGACGCAGCAGCGGGGAAGAAGCAGAGGCAAUAAAUCGCAGGGGGUCUGCAUCAGGCGGGGCAGAGUGGUGGCUCAAAGGGGGGGCAGCUCAGCUGCUCUGCUUUGGCGAGCCCCAGCACCGAGCAUUUCUGUUCCUUUUGUUGUUGCCAAAAUCCCAGCACCAGCCACGGGGCCGGGGCUCAGCUCGGGGUGCUGGGAGCCACCAUCACCGAGCAGUGGUUUCCCUUCAGAUGGUCCCCAGGGCGCAGAGCAGCAGGGCCUGAUCCAGACCCCCCCAGCCACGCCUUCGAGAAAGGCUGGGUUUUGGAGCAAGCCCUCUGCGCAGAAAAGUCAAUUAGAUAUUUCAAUUACUUGGCUUUUAAUUAGCUGAAGCACUGCUCGCCGUGCAGUCAAGGCUCUUGGUUUUAAUGAUGGUUGCGAUCUCGGUGGUGUCCCGUGGAGGCCUUGGCUUCGCUCUUAGAGCAAUUUAAACCAGAAAACAACAGAAAAAUCGGUUACUUUGACUCUGUUGCAUCAAAAAUUAACCUGCACAGACACGGAGACACUUGGCCCCCCUCAGGGCGUUAGAAGGAUUUAUCACCCUGGUGGAGGCUGCCAGACAGCAGAGCUUCUUGCCAUGUUAGGAAUUUGACGGGCCAAACGCAUAUAUUUUAUAUAUAUAUAUACACACUCGCAUACAUACACAGUUAUAUAUAUAUAUGAAAUGAAAUCCCUGUACAUUUUUGUUGCACUGCAUCUGAUGGCUGGGAGGGACGUGGUGACUGUGCCGAGCUGAGGUUUGGUACCUGCGAUCGGUCCCUGAGCUCCAAACACCGACCUGGGCUGAUUUCGGGGUAGGGAGCAGAGUCCCCGUGCACAGGCCAGCUUUAAUAAUGCCACGUUUAGAGAUGUCAGCCUCAAAACAGUCACCCUUUUGGUUGAGUUUGGGGAAGACUGUGCUGUUGGGUGCCUGGGGUGGUGAUGCUGAAAGGCGGGGGGUGGUGUACGUACACCCAGAGGCAGCGUGCGUGCCAGCGUGAGGAUGAGGAUGCUCUGAAAGGGGACCACGUGGCCGAGGAAGGCUGGUGCCUGCUCCAAGGCCGCUUUCUCUGAGCUGCUCGAAGGGGAGAGUUUGAUGGCUGAGUGUGUCUGGUCCCGUUGGGAUCACGCGAAGGGCCCCAGCUCUUGGUGCGUGGCAGAAAUCAAGCUUCACGGCACCGUGAGCUGGGCAUGGCAAUUAUCAAAGCCACCCAAAACCACCAUCUUUUGGAAUAACAUGGGCUUAAUCUUGUGAGCUU